GUUGGCCAUCGCGCCCGCCCGUCUGCCGCGUCGAACGGGGUCAGAGUGCGCGGAGCAUUGGGGCUUUCCAGCUCUCGCAGAACCUUCGCCAUCCCCAGCUGCCAGUCUUGGCAUCUUCGAAGUAAGAAGAGUUUUAGAUGCUUCUGGAUGUUCAAUGCUAGCACCUUUACAGACUGGAGCAGCUCGAUUUUCUUCAUAUUUACUUUCAAGAGCAAGAAAAGUGCUGGGCUCCCACUUACUUUCUCCUUGUGGUGUUCCGGAGUUCUGCUCCAUAUCCACCAGAAAGCUGGCGGCCCACGGCUUUGGCGCAUCCAUGGCGGCAAUGGUGUCCUUCCCUCCCCAGAGGUAUCACUACUUUUUAGUGCUGGACUUUGAGGCCACGUGUGACAAGCCACAGAUUCAUCCUCAGGAAAUCAUUGAAUUCCCCAUCCUGAAGCUAAAUGGCCGGACCAUGGAGAUUGAGUCUACUUUUCACAUGUACGUCCAGCCUGUAGUCCAUCCACAGCUUACCCCAUUCUGUACAGAGCUUACUGGAAUUAUUCAAGCCAUGGUGGAUGGUCAGCCAAGCCUGCAGCAAGUGCUAGAGAGGGUCGAUGAGUGGAUGGCAAAAGAAGGCCUCUUAGAUCCAAACGUCAAGUCAAUUUUUGUCACCUGUGGAGAUUGGGACUUAAAAGUCAUGCUCCCAGGCCAGUGCCAGUACUUGGGCUUGCCAGUGGCAGAUUACUUCAAGCAGUGGAUUAAUCUGAAAAAGGCUUACAGCUUCGCCAUGGGCUGCUGGCCCAAGAACGGACUUCUAGACAUGAACAAGGGUCUCAGCCUGCAGCACAUAGGCCGGCCCCACAGCGGCAUCGAUGACUGCAAGAACAUUGCCAACAUCAUGAAGACACUUGCAUAUCGAGGCUUCAUCUUCAAGCAGACAUCAAAACCAUUCUGAUUGGCCGAGGAUGGGAUGGGGCAGGACAGGGUAGCUGCUUGGCCCAGCCCAGAAUCCUCCUCUCCCUCACCAGAGGGGAAAAGGGAGAGUGGCACAGCCCUGCGCCCAGAGUGUCCCCCAGCUGCCCUGUGGACUGUGUCCUGGGCAAUGGCAUGGCCAUCUGGCCUCUCUGGAGCAGACACUUUGUGCCCCCCACCCCUCAAUCUCAGCCCAGUAUUAGCCCCUCCUAUUGUGGGUCUGGGCUAGGGGGACCCAGGCACUCACUGCCUCCUCCCUGGUACACAGGCUUCUGCAGGGGCCACCAAGCCCCCCUGUGCCCCUUCCCAUCCAUAGUGCAUGGUGUGUGGUGCCCCCAGGGCUCCAAGACAGAUCAGGCCCCAUCUUGUAUCUACCCCCAGCCCUGCUGUGAACGUGCCACUGAAUAAAGUCGGGGAAAUGAGGCCCUG